AUGAGCUCCCAAAACAACGACGGGGACUUACGCGUGACCCUGCGGAACCUUGUCAACUCCAUCCAGUGCAUCCGGGAUAAAGUGCGAGAUGGAGAGUCAAACGAGGAUGAGGCAGAGUUCAACCUCCACAACUUCUGGGAAACUUUGAGUCAAGCGGUGAAAGCUGUGUCUCAGGAAGCCACCAAGCUCAGCCUGGCUUAUUCUAAAGCUCCUCUUCCCUCACCACAGGACGGAGAAAAGAUAACGGACUCCAUUCUGAAGAGCGUCCUCACAUUAUCCACAGUCUACUACUGGCUGCCAAAGAGUCGGGGCGUGACUCUCCGGCGGCAAGUGCGGGACGCCACAGUGGACGUGUUGGAAGGACUGACGCAGCUACUGGACGUGAUCAUCACCACACCGCUGGAGAGUUUGAGCCAGGACCAGCUGACCUCGACCGGGACAGUGUGGUCAGCCUGCGACCGCUUCCAAACGCUGCCGAGAGAUAACAAAGCAGGGCUUUUGGCGGUUAUAUCCGGGGAAGUGGGAGUCAUCAAAGACGCCAUCCAGGAGAUAGAAGAGGCUCUGUCAGAGGUGCAGGACCCCUUUGGUGACAUGCUGGACGACAUCAUCGAGGAGGCGGGGCCCCGGGGAAACCAGGACACGUACUGGUCUGAGCAGGACCGGCGGGUCACGGCUCCGUGCCAGGGGCUGAUGAAAGCUUCUGCUGCCUGUCUGAGGAAGCUGACUUCUGCAGUGAGGAGCCAUGCGGACGUGAGCACGCUGCACAGCCUGGCUCAGCUCGACGACCUGGCCGACGUCUGCAAAGAGCUCAGCCCUGGUGUGGAUGACCUGGCCCUGUGCCUCUACCCUCCCAUGGACUAUAGCGGAGUGGAAAACAACGCUUUUAAACUGGCUUCCAUUUUAAAGAAGGUCCUCAACAUUGUCAGAUCCAGUCACGUCUGUGGAGAGGCGGAGGUGACCUGGGUGCAGUUUUUAGACAGCGCCGUGGAGCACAACCUGCAGAAAGCCAAGGACGCCAUGCUCCAGGAGACAUAG